AUUUAUUCAUUUAGAUUAUUUCUUAGUCCGACUGAGUUGUAGGACCAAACAUGUACAGGAAUGUAGUAUGCACUUUAUGACGAGUACUGUGAUAAAGUGUGCACCGACAAUAUGUCCCAGCAGGUACUCCGCUGAUAAGAACUUUAUCAGCAUUCCAAACUGUCCAUACCGUACACAAACCAUGAAACUAAACUACUCCUAUUUGCUAUGUGGAACUUGUAUUGUCUUUGGAACUUCUCUGAUUUACCUGUCCUAUAGAUCUUCAUCAUUUGGUUAUGCUCAUUGGGCAGCUUUUUCGAAAGAAAUCCUCGCGGGUAAUCCACUUAGACGCAGUCAAAUUUCACCUGCCGAUCUGCAGAGGUCCUUGAUAUUGGAAAGAGUUCAAUCACUGGAGUCAGCAUGUGAUUCAGCAGAUUUGAGCGCAUAUCAGUUUAACUUCUAUCAAGUAACCUCUAGGUUUUACGUUGACAAACAAGCUAAUCUUUCCUACUGCAAAGUACCAAAGGCCGGGAGUUCUUUUAUGACGGAGAUUUUUUUUGCUUUAGACAAAGACGAAAAAAAUAACAGCAAAAAUUCGAUUUUAAAGUCCAAAUCUAUUGACGAAAUAUUUGAAAUGAGUAGAAAUCGCGUUCAUAUGAUUGGAAAUAGCAAGCUUGGUGCUACUCCCAUGUUAAAUGACAAGGAGCUUAAUACAACAGUUUUACUCGUCUCUCGAAAUCCUUAUUCUAGACUUUAUUCAGCCUAUGUUGACAAGUUCUACCUCUUCGGGUUGGUCAAGACAGCGAUGGAAAUUUCAAAUAAAAAUAAAAAAAGGCAUUCGUCAUGUGGAUAUGAGGUCACAUUUCCAGAGUUUCUGGACCACGUGAUCACCACCGCAUACGGUGGAUAUCCAAUCAACAGACAUUGGGCACCGGUUUAUCUAUUAUGUCAUGCUUGUGACGUAAAAUAUGACGUCUGAAACUGGAAGAGGACACAGCAUGCAUAUUAUAAUUAUAUUCAUUCGAGGGGAAACUGGGGAUUUCCUUCGAACAAGAAAAGUUGCUUUUCAAUAAAGUCUAUUAAAAACUAUA